AUGGCCUCAGGAAGGACACUCCCUGUGCAAUUUGGACUCGCCAGAGGCUCAACUUCAGCAGCUGGAGCAUCUUCUUCUGGAGGCUCAGCAUCUUCUUCUGGAGGCUCAGCAUCUUCAACGUCAAAUAGGGUUCUGGAUCCAAAUGCGGCAACGGUUCGGGAUUUCGCUGAAGCGCUCAUGGAAUCUGCACGAGCUGACCCGGGCCCAGAUCCUUUGGCUAUCGUCGAGAAAGGGGCUGACGCGCUCCACCUUAUUUUUACGAAGAAAGACUCGUCGGGACGAGAUCAUGUACGACACUUGCGCCCAGUGAUAGACAAAGAUGCGAGCGAAUACCUGUCGACGAUAAUGAAGAUGGAAGAUGACGAUAGUUCUCUUCAGACCUUGAG